CCCUCGAAGCCGACAGGACUCUCAAUAAGUAGGCUACUGGAAAACAACUUGUUGGGUUCAGGAUGUUUUUCUGCGUUUAUUUGGUAUUUUUUGCCUCUUUUGGUCGUGUUUUAAUCGCAGAACACAUGAUGAUCGGUCAGCCACAGGAUGUCCUAGUAAACAACACCAAUGUUUUGAAAGCAGCGCGGUUUGCUGUGGUUGAGUUCAACAGAGCAAACACAGAUCAUCAGUUUGACUACAAAAUUGUGAACAUAACAUCGGCGAAAAUUCAGGUGGUCGCGGGACUGAACUACAUCCUGGAUGUGCUGCUUGGACGCACCAUGUGCAAGACUGACAGCUCUCUAUGUGUUUACAACUCCGAUUCUGAACCCGAGGAACUUCGGUGCCACUUCAUCGUUACAGAUGUCCCCUGGGAACAUUUUCGGACUCUUUCUGUGAAGAAAUGUCACUUCUACAAUGUGACUGAUUCUGCUUCUGAUGCCUAGUAAACAUUUAUUCGACUAUUAA